CUCACGCCUAGCGCAAUGGUGACGGCCGCGGCGGAGCAGCAACAGUUCUACCUGCUCCUGGGGAACCUGCUCAGCCCCGACAAUGUGGUCCGGAAACAGGCAGAGGAAACCUAUGAGAAUAUCUCAGGCCAGUCCAAGAUCACAUUCCUCUUACAAGCCAUCAGGAACACAACAGCUGCUGAGGAGGCGAGACAAAUGGCUGCUGUUCUCCUCCGGCGCCUUUUGUCCUCUGCAUUCGAUGAAGUCUACCCAGCUCUUCCCUCGGACGUGCAGACUGCCAUCAAGAGUGAACUGCUAGUGAUUAUCCAGAUGGAAACACAGUCCAGCAUGAGGAAGAAAAUUUGUGACAUUGCUGCAGAGCUGGCCAGGAAUUUAACAGAUGAGGAUGGCAACAACCAGUGGCCUGAAGGUUUGAAGUUUCUUUUUGAUUUGGUCAGCUCUCAAAACAUGGGAUUGCGAGAAGCCGUGCUUCACAUAUUCUGGAACUUUCCUGGAAUUUUUGGAAACCAACAGCAGCACUAUUUAGAUGUCAUCAAAAGGAUGUUAGCUCAGUGUAUGCAAGAUCAGGAACAUCCAUCGAUCAGGACAUUAUCUGCGAGAGCCACAGCCGCGUUCAUCCUCGCAAAUGAGCAUAAGGUUGCCCUGUUCAAACAUUUUUCAGACUUGUUACCUGGAUUCUUACAGGCUGUAAAUGACUCAUGCUACCAGAAUGAUGAUUCGGUCCUAAAAUCCCUCGUUGAAAUCGCAGAUACUGUUCCAAAGUACUUGCGUCCUCACUUGGAGGCAACUCUGCAGCUAAGUCUCAAGUUGUGUGGAGACACCAGCCUUAACAACAUGCAGCGCCAGCUUGCCCUGGAAGUGAUCGUGACCCUCUCUGAGACUGCCGCAGCCAUGUUAAGAAAGCAUACCAACAUCGUGGCGCAGACCAUUCCUCAGAUGUUAGCAAUGAUGGUUGAUCUGGAAGAGGACGAGGACUGGGCCAAUGCGGAUGAACUAGAAGAUGAUGAUUUUGAUAGCAAUGCCAUGGCUGGGGAGAGCACUCUAGACCGCAUGGCCUGUGCACUCUGCAGGAAGCUUGUCCUGCCAAUGAUCAAGGAGCACAUCAUGCAGAUGCUUCAAAACCCUGACUGGAAAUACCGGCAUGCAGGAUUGAUGGCCUUAUCUGCCAUUGGCGAAGGAUGCCACCAGCAAAUGGAAGGAAUUCUGAAUGAGAUAGUCAAUUUUGUUUUGCUUUUCCUUCAGGAUCCUCAUCCAAGAGUAAGGUAUGCGGCCUGCAAUGCUGUGAGGCAGAUGGCUACCGAUUUUGCACCUCGUUUCCAGAAGAAAUUUCAUGAGAAGGUGAUUGCAGCCCUGCUGCAGACCAUGGAAGACCAAGGCAACCAGCGGGUGCAGGCCCAUGCUGCCGCCGCUCUCAUUAACUUCACUGAGGACUGCCCCAAGUCGCUGCUCAUCCCCUACCUGGAUAACUUCAUGAAGCAUCUGCAUUCCAUCAUGGUGCUGAAGCUUCAGGAGUUGAUUCAGAAAGGUACCAAAUUAGUUUUGGAACAAGUCGUGACGUCCAUUGCAUCAGUUGCAGAUACUGCAGAGGAAAAGUUUGUCCCCUACUAUGAUUUGUUUAUGCCAUCACUUAAGCACAUUGUUGAGAAUGCAGUUCAGAAGGAGCUCAGGCUUCUGAGAGGAAAGACUAUUGAAUGUAUCAGCCUCAUCGGUCUGGCAGUUGGGAAAGAAAAGUUCAUGCAGGACGCGUCCGACAUGAUGCAGCUGUUACUGAAGACCCAGACAGACUUCAAUGACAUGGAGGAUGAUGACCCACAGAUCUCUUACAUGAUCUCAGCCUGGGCAAGAAUGUGCAAAAUCCUUGGGAAAGAAUUUCAGCAGUACCUUCCGGUGGUUAUGGGGCCUUUAAUGAAAACAGCUUCAAUCAAGCCAGAAGUAGCCCUCUUAGACACCCAAGACAUGGAGAACAUGAGUGAUGACGACGGCUGGGAAUUUGUGAACCUUGGAGACCAACAGAGUUUUGGUAUUAAAACUGCAGGACUGGAAGAAAAAUCAACCGCUUGUCAGAUGUUGGUUUGCUAUGCUAAGGAAUUAAAGGAAGGUUUUGUGGAAUACACCGAACAGGUCGUCAAACUGAUGGUCCCUUUAAUGAAAUUUUACUUUCAUGAUGGUGUCCGAGUGGCCGCGGCGGAGUCCAUGCCUCUUCUCCUGGAGUGUGCGAGAGUCCGGGGUCCUGAGUACCUCACGCAGAUGUGGCAUUUCAUGUGUGAUGCACUGAUCAAGGCCAUUGGCAUGGAACCAGACUCGGAUGUCCUCUCGGAGAUCAUGCACUCAUUCGCAAAGUGCAUUGAAGUAAUGGGUGAUGGGUGCUUUAAUAACGAACAUUUCGAGGAACUGGGAGGUAUAUUGAAAGCCAAACUUGAAGAACAUUUUAAAAAUCAAGAAUUGCGGCAAGUGAAAAGACAAGAUGAAGACUAUGAUGAGCAGGUUGAAGAAUCCCUGCAAGAUGAGGAUGAAAAUGAUGUUUAUAUACUGACCAAAGUGUCAGAUAUUUUACACUCAAUAUUCAGCAGCUACAAGGAAAAAGUGUUACCGUGGUUUGAGCAGCUGCUUCCUUUGAUUGUCAACCUAAUUUGUCCACACAGACCAUGGCCGGACAGACAGUGGGGGCUGUGCAUCUUCGAUGAUGUCAUAGAGCACUGUAGUCCAGCCUCAUUUAAGUAUGCAGAGUACUUCUUAAGGUCCAUGCUCCAGUACGUGUGUGACAACAGCCCAGAGGUCAGGCAGGCAGCUGCAUACGGCCUGGGAAUCAUGGCGCAGUUUGGCGGCGACAACUACCACCCCUUCUGUACAGAAGCUCUUCCACUGCUUGUUAGAGUUAUUCAGUCUGGAGAUUCUAAGACCAAAGAAAACGUCAAUGCUAUGGAGAACUGCAUCUCAGCAGUAGGGAAAAUCAUGAAGUUCAAGCCUGACUGCAUAAAUGUGGAGGAGAUCCUGCCGCACUGGCUGUCGUGGCUUCCGCUCCACGAAGACAAAGAAGAAGCAGUUCAGACUUUUAGCUAUCUCUGUGACCUGAUUGAAAGCAAUCACCCAAUUGUUCUUGGCCCAAACAAUACCAAUCUGCCCAAAAUAUUCAGUAUAAUUGCAGAAGGAGAAAUGCAUGAGGCCAUUAAACAUGAAGACCCAUGUGCCAAACGUUUGGCUAAUGUCGUUCGCCAGGUACAGACUUCUGGACGACUGUGGACUGAAUGCCUCUCUCAGCUCAGUCCCGAGCAGUGGGCGGCCAUACAUGAGCUCCUGAACUCUGCUUGAAGGCCUUAAUAUCACCCACCAGAAAACUAACUCCAAAUAAAUGUUUA